AUGAUAGUGGAUAAAAAAUCUCGCUUUAGUCGUUAUCGUACUCGUGUCCGAGAAAGAAAACAGCUUGAUAUAAUGGAAAUGAUGACAACUGAUGAUUUGAACGAAACUCCAGAAGAUGAAGCAUGCGUCUUUGUCCAAGAGAUAGUUAUCGAUGAUGGCACAACAUCAACAUUAAAACAUGAUGAAUAUAAUCCAGCAUCAGAUUCAGUUUUAAAGGAAGCAAAUAAACAACAUUCAUCGGAAAGACAUAGUGAUAAUGAUAAUAAUUAUGAAAAUGAAGUUGACGAUUUGUAUCAAUUCGAUAAUGAUGGUAAUAGUAUAGGAGAUGGUGAUGAUGGAGAUAAAGCUCAUGAUGAUGAAUAUGAUGAUGAUGAAGAUGGAGACGAAGAUGAAGGUGAAGAUGAAGAUGAAGAUGAUGGCAUUGAGGAAAGUCAGGAUUUUCAAAACAACUUCUAUGACAAUGAUUUCGAAAAUGAAAGAUUGCCUAACGCUACUGAAUUAUCGUAA